ACAAAUAAACGCUAUUCAUACACAAAAACAUCUACAUAUGCUGACGUCACAUAACAUUUCUAUACAGAUUUAAAAUACAAUUACUGAUAGGUAGAAAGGGAAAAGAAGAAAAGAUAUUCAUUCUUGAGCUAAUUAUAUACGUCAGCAACUAAAAAUGGAGCGUUUCGUUACAAUGCAACUCUCCGAGAAUCAUAAGCAAUAACUUACGCCCAUCGGACAGCGUGCUCUGUUUAUAAACUAGCUUAAUUAAUGCAAUUGACAAACAUGUGCACAUAUUCGCGACCCAGCAAUCAACUCGAAGCAACUCGCUCUCCGAUUAUACAUACAUACAAGUAUAAAAAACAUCGAGCGAACUCAACAGAUGCUCAGACACUCAUAAGUUUUUCGCCCAGUUGGUUGGCGAUUAUCAUCAACAGCAUCAGCAUCAGCAGCAUGGAUCGUUGGCAAAAUCGCGUUGCCGUCGUCACCGGGGCCAGUUCGGGAAUUGGCUCGGCGAUCGUCGUGGACCUGGUCAACGCUGGCCUUAUUGUGGUAGGACUGGCGCGACGCGUGGAACGUGUGAAGGAACUGCAAAAGUUAGUCCCAGCUGAACGCAGAGACAAAUUGAUUCCCAUUCAAUGCGAUGUCGGCAAUGAGGCCUCAGUUAAAGCGGCUUUUGAUGCGAUCGAGCAGCAGCUGGGCGGAAUUGAUAUACUGAUCAACAAUGCUGGCACUCUACAGGAUGGCCGACUGGUGGAUAUGCCCAUCUCACAGGUCCAACAAACUGUGCAGACCAACAUCAUGGGCAUUGUGAUGUGCACUCAACGGGCCUUUGCCUCGAUGAAGAAACGCAACUUCGAUGGUCAUGUGGUGCUCAUCAAUAGUAUUCUGGGCCACAAGCUGUUUGGACCCACGCCUGAUGUUGCACCUCAGAUUAAUAUGUAUCCGCCGAGCAAACAUGCGGUGACCGCCAUGACCGAGAUUUAUCGCCAGGAGUUCAUGGGUCUGGGCACUCGCAUCAAGAUCACGAGUAUUAGUCCUGGCAUUGUGGAUACGGAGAUAUUGCCCGAUGGUGUGCGCGAAGCAGUUCAACAGACGAUGCUGAAAGCCGAGGACGUUGCUCAGGCGGUGCACUUUGCAUUGGCCACGCCCCCACAUAUGCAAGUCCACGAGAUGAUCAUCAAGCCAGUGGGCGAACUAUUUUAAUUUAAUAUAUUUGUAUAUUUCAUUUCACUUAAAAAUGCAC